UCCCCCGCGGAAAAAUCCCAACCCUAGCCUCCGCCGUGCGUCUCCGGCGACCCUUCGGCAGCACCGCCGGGCGGCCUCGCGGGCUGUCCUGGAGCGAUCCCGGUGGAAAUCUGAAGCGCGAGCGUUGAGGAGAAGGAGGUGGUGGCGGGUGAUUUACUGAUUUGGGGGCGCGUGCGCGGAGGAGGAUGGGGUCGUCGCCCAAGGUGGUGCGGCCGGAGGAGGUGCUGGAGUCGCUGAAGAACGACGGCACCGUCGACGCGCUCCGCAUGAAGAUCAUCGCCCAGCUCAAGGCCAACGAGGAUAUGAAGAAAAAUACCAUGAUGAUGGUGGAACAAAGCAAAGUUCUGAAGACUCCUGGAGCUGAGAAAAAGACCAAGAGGGAGCUGUUUGAUGCUCUUCGACAAGAAUUGGAAACUCCGGUUCUUGAGAAAGCCUCAAAAGCGGUUUGGGAGCUGAUACUUGACAAUGGUGGACUAGGGAAAGAAAUCACCGAGACAGUUGAGAAAGUCUUCUGCCGGCUCAGCGGAAUUGACAUGAUGCCACCUCCAGCUUCAACAUCUGGUGCUCCUCAAGAGAAGCAAACAAACAUGGCUGUAGAGGAGGGUCAGAAGGAUAUGGAAAUGGAUGCCUCUGAACCAUCAUCUUCCUCAAGGAAGAGGCCUUUCAGUGACAUCAAUGUGAAAGGAGCAGGUGCUAUACCGAACGGUGGCGCUACAUACCAGCAUGACGGUCAUGAGGAUGGGAACUAGGAGAGCUGGUGAUGUUCUUCCGUUUGUUGUGAUUUUGUUAUUGCAGGGUAAAUUAGCUGUUGUGUUUUCAUGGCCCAAAAACUGUUGAGUUCUUGGAUAAUGGUAUAGUUCCACAAUGUAGGGUUGUAUGAUUUAA